UUGGCUUUGUUUUUUGUUCUGCUCUUUAAACAAGGUUUACAAUAAUGUUCGCUAUUUAAAUGGCAACUAGUUUCGCGAUUCACGAAUAAUAUUCUGGGCGAUAAAUAUGAACUGGUGARUCCUUUUCAUCAUGGCCGAAAAAUAUGAAUUAGAGCUCAGAGAACGAAAAAAUAAGCGCUAUGCCAUCAAGAUACCAAAGUAUGAUCGAGAAAAUGCCCAGAGGAAAGUUCUUUCAAAACUAGAAAAAAAGCUUUGUUUAGAAACAAACCUAUAUGGAUUAACCUUUAAAAGAUCUAUUAUUGGGAAAGAAGAUUUAGAAAAAUCAAUCCCUAUUCUGGUGUUUUGUUUCUUAACGUCCCGUAUAGGAGAAGACAUCAAUGUAGCACUUGAUGAAGUCAUUGUAGAAGGAAUUGAUAAAGAUGACAACAUUAUUCUUGUCCUUGUUCACUUCAAGCGAAAAUUUACUCUUAAAGAUCGUACUCUCUCAUAUGAUGAUAACCUCCUGGAAGAAGAACGCCAUGUCAAACUGAGAGAGAGAGAAAGAAUCGUCCAUUUUGCAUUUCAUAGCGACGACGAGGGACUAUACGAACACCCCGAGAACAAAAAAGGAAUGAAAAGACUCGUGGAAUUAAUUAAGAGCUCUAGUAAAUGAUUUUCGUUAAUGGUAGCUAAUGUCUUGUUGUUAAAUUGUGUUGUUAAAAUCGGCCGACACAAAAAUAAAAAAAUAAAAUGGAUUAUACAUCACGUCAUUUCUCCCCCAAGGAAUUUACAAAUAUAAAGUCAAUAUGGUGUCUAUUCUUAUCAUAAAACGGCUAUAAUUAAAUUGCAGCAAAGAGCGACUGCAACGGUCAAAAAAGAAAGUAUAAAAAUUUAGCUAAAGAGUUUUUAAAAGAGUCAGGCAUGAUUGAUUUCUUGGAAAAGUUUGAAAAAAUUAUUUCUUUUUUUGGGGGGACGUAUUCUAUCAAUUGCCUAAAAUGAUGUAUUUGGAUGACAACGAUGAAUUUCUAUGUUUUCAAAUGAGCGAAGAGGAGUUAAACUAAACUUUAUAAAUUGUAAACACCACUUCUCGUCGGGGUUAAUGCAUGAAUAUUUCAUUAGGUUCUUAGAAAUGUUAUUAAUAUACCACAUGUCACCACAGAAUAAGAAUUGAAAGAAAAAAAUGUUUACAAAUAAAUGUGUACGUUUACAAAGCUA